AUGGCUCCGGGGAUUGCGGCGCUGGCUCGCAGCGUCCCGGUGACAGGCUCCAACCGCGGCAUCGGGCUGGAGCUCGUGAGGCAGCUCGCUGCCAGCCCCCGGCCCCCGCAGCACAUCUUCGCCACAUGCCGUGACCCCGGCGGGCCACGACGGAAGGUCAGUGAAGCAGACACUGUGAACUUGCCCAGCAUCCAUGGGGCCGUGCGGGCUCUGGGGUCUCAUCUGAAGGACCAGGGCUUGAACCUGCCCAUCAACAACGCGGGUGUCAGCUCGCACACCAUGCUGCACUCUCUGGAUUCCCAGGAGAUGCUCUCUGUGUUUUCCACCAAUGCCAUUGGGCCCCUCCAGGUUGCCAGGGGAUUUCUGCCACUCCUGGAGAAGGCAGCAAAGGGCUCAGGGCAAGAGGGGCUGAGCUGCAGCAGGGCUGCCAUCAUCAACGUCUCCACCAAGCUGGGCUCCAUCGGGCUGUGCGUUGGUGUGCACCAGGCCCCCAUGUACCCAUACCGUGCCAGUGAGGCUGCCCAGAAUAUGGUGACAAGGUGCUUGGCUGUGGAGCUCCAGGACAGGGGGAUCUUGUGCACAGCUAUCCAUCCUGGCUGGGUGAAGACCAACAUGGGAACAGAGAAGAAGCAGCCCUGACAUUUACCUCACCCACCUGCUGAAACAGGAUCCCAGGCAUCAACCUCCAGGCAGCUUUUCUUGGCAAGUUCAAGAACCAUCCCUCAGGAAC